AUGCUAGAGAUCAAUUCUCGGUUCGCAGUUAUCGAUGGAUGGCUGGUAGAUGUCCUAAAGCGAAAGCCCAUCAAUUUUUGGUGUCCCGAAAUAAGGUUGCUAUUACCGAAUGACAACGACUAUGAGAAGUUAUUACGGCAAAAUUUGCUUGACUGGACACAAUUGAAAAAGGAUUCUACAUCAAUUCUCGUAGGAGUGUAUUCUGCAGAAUUAUUCAAACACAUAAGGCUAGUUUUGCGAGAGUUUUUCCUAUUGGAAGAUGGAAGGAUAGUCCUAAAGAGAAUGAGGAAUAAAUUGCAUUACAAAGUGGUUAAAACGUUCGCUCGUAAAUGUUGCAGGCUAUUUUUGCCAAAAUGGGGCACCAUAUAUAUAUAUCCGUUGUUACAAGAUAACCAAGUUUGUUCAGAUGGAGUUCGCCAGUUUGCGUUGGAUGUCGAGCCUAAUUUGGAGUAUCCACUAAUCGACAUCGAUUUCAAUUACCAGUACACUAUAAUUGAGGGAUUUCUCCUAUACCUAAAUGAAAGGCGACCUUGCAAGUGGAACGAUAAUGACUUGAGAAAUCGGAUUGGUUUAAAAGCAUGGGCUAGCUUGAAAAAGCUUUACAAUCCAAUGAGCCUCGACAUAGUUUACAAUUUGGACUCAAACUAUUACUUUGUGAAGGACGAUCGGUUCUUCCAACUGUUGGGUAGAAGAGUUUUUGUAAAAUUUUGCGAAGUAAUGAAGAAUAAAACGAAUGGCAAUGGCCCAUCUUUUUAUUGUGCAAGGACAACCACCGCAAAAGCUACACAUAUUGCAUAUGUUUUGACAGAUACAACACUUAAUCACCAUACGGUUAGGAAGAACGUUUACAGGUUCAUUGUUAGAGAACGACCAAUUGUAGAGAGUAUCACUUCUACCUUGAACCCUUCUGAAUUAAAAAAACAGUUGUUUACCGAAGUAAAUGUUAUAAAAAAUGCCUUCUCAACCUAUAUCUCUCAAUUAGAAAACCAACUCAUCCAAUAUGUUGGUCAAGCAGGGGGGAGUAAUAUCAGAACGGACGAAGUUUCUGGCGAGGUCCUUGAUCAAAUUCCCAAGUUUCCUGCGUCUAAAGUCACUUUGUCGCUGAUUGCGGCCGGUGAAGAUAGAAGAUAUAUUGAGCUACUUCAGGAAUUAGCAAACAGGUUGGAAAAAAUAUGCGUGGAAGAGGCCUCGCAAUCCUUGGGAAGUAUUAGAGCUACUUUUGAUCCGAAUCCUGAAAUGCGAGCCAGAUUUGAUGAAGAAUAUCGUCAAAGCAUUGCUGAAUAUAAAAGAACACUCAAACUUAUCAAAGAGGAUCUUCUGCUUGUAUUAGUAAAGCAGCUUGGUAAUAAAAUGGUACCCGAGAAAGGAUUCACGAGAGAAGAGUAUGUUUCGCCCAGGUUUCUAGUAGCUGAUGGAUUUUUAAUCGAUCUGGCAGAGGAAAAGCCAAUUGACCCAAAGGACCCGCGUUUGCUGACGCUCUUAAAAGAUUAUCAAGCUGACAUUGUUGCCCAAAUGAAGCUUAUCAUUUGGGAUGACUUCAAAAAGUUACAGGAUCCGAUCCCGUUGCAAGCUAAAACCGUAUUUAAACUUUGUAAACAAAUAAAAAAGAAAUUCCUACAAGAUGCGGACUUCAGACUACACACACUACCUCCAGGGGAAAAAACAACUGAUGUACGAAUGACAAUCCGGUAUCCUUGUAUUCCCAUCCGCUUGGAUGAAAACACCGUUAAAUACCUGUAUGAUGACAGCAUUAUUCCAGGAUCUGAGAAGACAUCAUUAUCUAAAACACUUCAAUCAAAUUAUCAAUGGGGGGAGCAACAGCAGAAAGACCCCGAGUUACUCUUUCAAGAGGCCGUUAAGCGCAUGCGCCUUUUAACAACUUACGAAGAAUCGAGGGCAAGAUAUAUUGCUGCUUUUGAAAAACUGCGCACAGAAAAUUAUGGGAACUAA